AGAGAGAUACAGACAUUAGUUUCGAUGGAAGCUGAUUUGUUAUGAGUAUGCUGAUUAGAAAAUGGAUUGAGAAAUGGAGAAGUUACAGAUAUCGAUUUGUACCUUGGAUCGCCUUGAAUUUAAGGAAAAGAACAGUACGAGAGGUUGGUUCCACUGAUCAGGACAAGACUGUUCCAGACACCAAAGUGAUUGAGUCCCUUUUGACAGUCCUUCAUGCUCUUCAUGAUAUUGAGACACAGUCUGCAAAUGACAGGCAUCAAUCAGGAGUGAUGUAUAACACCUUAGGUUAUGAGAUUAAAAGACUUGAGAGCAGUAUCCCUGGAGCUGGGAAAGGAGUUUUUGUCACUAAAGGAGACAUCCCAGUAGGGAGUCUUGUGGCUUUAUACCCAGGGACAAUUUAUUGGCCUUAUGAACCGAUCUUAAUUCAGUCAGUUGGAAAUCCUUUUGUCUUCCGUUGUAUUGAUGGAAUACUUAUUGAUGGCAAUGAUAAAGGAUUAUCUAAAAUGAUAUACAGGUCAAGUGCUGGAAGAGAUCAAAUUGGCCCAUAUUUACUAUGCGAUACCACUUGGCUUACAAACGAUCCUCAAAACACACUGGCUGUUGGACAGUACGUCAAUAACAGGACAAAAAACAAGCCGGCAAAUGUGGCAUACCAAGAAGUAGAUAUCCCUCUGCAAAGUGUUGCGCCAAAGCUGUGGAAAUAUCUUCCAAAUGUUUGGUACAGUAGUGGUAAUAUUGCCGGUGAAAACUCGUUUCUUAGAAUAAUUGCAUUGGUGUCUGUUUGUAAGAUUUGUGAAGGAGAUGAGGUGCUUUCCUCAUAUUUUACAGUGGUAAAUUGACAAGGUGAAAAGUCACCUGACCUCCUUCCCAUGUUGUCUCACAUCAUGCUGCUCCCAAGCUGAGAAGCCUUGCCCCCGAGUCUAGUCUUGUCACCCCUAAAUGCAUUGCAUGGUAAUAAAAUUGGCCCAAAAAUACU